AUGUCAGAUGAUGAGAUUAAGCAGUUGAAAGAGCUAAACUUUAACAAGGAUGAUUUAAAGAAAAAUGCCUCAGACAUGUUAGCCGUCGCAACACCUAAGCAGAAAUAUGCAUUCGAUAAAAUUGUUACAGCUGUGUAUUGUGAUGAAGGGAACCUUAUGUCUACUGAGAUUCGCUCAUGGGGUGAUAUUGUGUUAAACAUUGCUUCAAGUGGUAUUGCAUCUUUACUUCUUCCCAAUGGAAGAACGACACACUCAAGGUUCAAAAUACCGCUGAAUAUAACUGAUGAUUCUGUAUGUAACAUCAAACCUGGUUCCCUUCAAGUAAUGCUGCUGUUGAAAGCCAAACUUAUAAUUUGGGAUGAGGCUCCAAUAGUUAGUAGAUACUUCUAUGAAGCGCUUGAUAAAUACUUGGGUGAUAUCAUGAGAUUUUUUCCAAUAUAUAACAAAGAUUUUCCCUUUAGAGGAAAAGUGGUUGUGCUAGGUGGAGACUUUAGACAACUUUUUCCUGUCAUUCAACGAGAAUCGAGACAAUAUAUCAUUCAUUCAUCCGUGAAUUCGUCUUACCUUUGGAAGUUUUGUCAGGUGCUCAAACUAACAAAAAACAUGAGAUUCUCUAUAGGGACGACUGCUUCAGAUCAAGAUAAGACAGAGCAAUUUGGUGAGUGGUUAUUGAAAGUUGGUGAUGGUCUAAUAGGUGACAAUAUGAAUGGUGAAUUUGAGAUAUGUCUUCUAGGAGAUAUUGUUAUUCCUUCUUUGGACCAGGCAUUUGAUGAGUUGGUUCAUUUUUCUUAUCCAAAUAUUUUGGAUAACAUGUCAUCAAAUGAUUUUUUAAAGCAAGAACUAUACUGGCUCUCACGCUGGACAUUAUUAAAGAAGUCAACAACUAUCUGA